AACUUUCACUUUCGUUUCUUCACAAGUCACUUCCUUGUUUGCCUGACUGAUUCUCUCUGCCUGUUUCUCCUCAGACUGACGAUGGCUGAAGCCCAGCUGUUUGUAUCACAGGACGAGUUCACCUGCUCGGUGUGUCUGGACAUCCUGACUGACCCCGUCUCCAUCCCCUGUGGUCAUAGUUUCUGUCUGAAGUGCCUCACGGACUGCUGGGAUCAGAGCCAAGAGUUCAGCUGUCCUCAGUGCAGACACACCUUCAUCCCAAGGCCUGCACUGCACAGAAACACUCUGUUGAAUGAACUCGUCAAGAAACUAAAGAAGACAGGACUCAGUUCUUCUUCAUCUCAGAAUUAUGCUGGCCCUGGAGACGUAGAGUGUGACGCCUGUACUGGAAACAAGUUCAGAGCGGUGAAGUCCUGUCUAACCUGCAUGAUCUCCUUCUGUCAAACUCACCUGCAGCCUCACUAUGAAGGAGCUGCUUGGAAGGACCACAAGCUGACUGAUCCUGAUGGAAAUCUGAGGAGAAAACUCUGUGCAAAACAUCAGGAAAGUCUGAAAAUAUUUUGCAAAACUGAUGAUUCGUGUAUCUGCAUGAUGUGUGUGGUGACUGGACAUACAGGUCAUAAAAUAGUGGAGCUGGAGACGGAAAAAGAAGAAAAAGAGAGACAGUUGGGGGCAACAUGGAGAGAAAUCAGGAGGAGACUCGAGGAGAGAGAGAAGAAAAUGAAGGAGAUGAGAAAUGUGGUGGAGCAGAUAAAAAUAUCUGCGGAAAGAGAGGUAAAGGAAAAUGAGAAAAGCUUCACAGAUCUAAUCCACUGCAUUGAAGAAGCUCAGAAGAACUUGUUUGAGAGGAUCAGAGAACAAGAGAAGAGAGAAAUAGAGAAGGCUGAAGGAGUCAUGGAACAACUAGAGAAGGAGAUUGAGGAGCUGAAGAAGAGAGACACUGAGCUGAAGGAGCUUUUUGACAACAAGGAUCACAUCCACUUCUUGCAGACUUUCUCAUCUCGCUGUGUCCUUCCUGCUGAUGGAGUCUCGCUCAGCUUCACUGUCUCUGCUGAUUUCUCUUUUGAGGACCUGAGAAAUGAGCUGUCAUGUCUGAAAAAGAGUUUGGAGAAGAUCAUCCAGUGGGACAUCCAGACUUCAUCAGGUACAGCGUCAAAGCUCUUAGAGGAGAUUGACUCCAGAAAUGAGUCGCCUGUCCUUGACCCUCAUAUUAAAGAUCUCCAUGAGACACACAGACAAGCUGUGUCUGAAUCCACAAGAACUCUGGGGGCUCAGGCUUCUCCUGGAGAUCCACACACCACAGCUGUGGACUUUGAGACUCGAUACACAGAGUUGGUGGCCGUUGAACAGGACCCAAGAAACCAUAAGGAGACUGAACAUAAACUUGUGAAGACUGGGAGGAUCCAAGAAGAGCUCAUGAAGAAAGGAGCAGCAGAGAAAUGUGAACGAAUCUGGAUUGAGCAGCUAUUUAGGAAAAGUCCUGUAAGUUUAAAUCCAGUCAACAUCAUAGUGGUCAGUGGGAUGGCCGGAAUAGGGAAGACCACCAUGAUUCAGAAGAUCAUGUAUGACUGGGCCAGAGGCACUCAGUACCAAAGGUUUGCAUUUGUGUUCCUGUUUAAAUUCAGAGAGCUUAACCUCUUAGACAAUGAGAAUGAGACACAAAUGUCACUGACCAAACUGAUUGAAAGGCACUAUAAACAUCUCAGUAAUGAUCAACUGAAAGACGUUCUGAAGAAUCCUGAAACUCUCCUGUUUAUAUUCGAUGGGCUGGAUGAGUACAAAAAGAAACUGGACUUCACCCAGAGUCAGCUGUGCUCAAACCCAGAUGUUGAGGUGCCUGUCCACAUCCUGGUCACCAGUCUGGUCAGUCGGACAUUACUGAAGGGCUGCUCAGUCCUGAUAACAAGCAGACCAGCAGCCCUGGAAGCCAUGGACAUUGAAAGAGUCGAUCAGUUUGUAGAGAUCCUGGGGUUCUUCCCUGAGCAAAGGCUGAUGUACUGUAAGAAGUUUUUUGGUGCCUCUGCUCUGGCUGCUGAGUCUUUUGAGUAUGUCAAGGAGAACACCAUCCUGUACUCAAUGUGCUUCAGCCCCACGUACUGCUGGAUGAUCUGCUCUGCACUGAAGAGCCACUUCAUGACACCUGAAAAAGCCAAAGGUGAAGCUCUGCAAGUAGGUCAGUGGCUCUGUGAGACUCAGAAUAAGGAGUUAAUUAGAGACACCAUUGGAGAGGAUUUAAAGAUGAACUUUAGAAGUAUGACUUUAUCUGCUGUGGACUGUGCUGUGCUGGCUGCUGUUAUCAGCUGCUGUGGAGAACUUAAAGAACUUAACCUGUCAGGCACACCUCUGACCACCGAGUGCAUCAAGAGACUGGAGCCGGGACUCAGCUGCUGCAGUGCAGUUCGGUUGUGGUCUUGUGGUCUCACCUCGGCCUGCUGCUCAGCUCUCUCCUCGGUCCUCUCAUCUCCAAACUCACGGCUGACUGAACUGAGUCUGAGGAACAACAACAACCUGGGAGAUUCAGGGGCUCGUCAGCUGAGUGAGGGGUUCAGGAGUGACAAAAUACAAUUAAAGUUUCAGAGACUGACCAGUGUCCAUUCUGUAAUGUGAGAGAAACCAUUUUUC